GGAGCAGCACCUCUGCUGAUGCUGCCUCUGGUUUGGGGGUUAUUUGCCCCUUAGCAGCUUGCUGCGAUAAAGCUUCAGCUCCCCUAUACUAAAACUCGAGGGACAGUAGAGUUGCCCAAGGCUCCUAACCUGCGUCCCUUUGCUACGUGGAGAGUAUCAAGGCGACUGGUCUGAACGGUUUGGUUAGCUGCUGCUGCCAGAUAAUCCACGCUGUGUCCCAGAGUCUUGUUGCAUGUGUUUAGAGCCUUUUUUUCUCCUUGUUGCUGUUCAGGCAGUAGGAAGCCUAUGGUGCCGGUGAAAGAUUGCCGCUCUAUCCUUUGUGCUGCCACAGAAACUCCGAUGCAGGGCACCGUUUUUGCCCUCCACGUUACGGAUUUUGGAGCACCUCGUGUAGUUUUUCUUUGCUACUCCAGCAGAGCAUUUAGAAUGGGGCAGAAACUAUAGCUUUGGGUAAAUGUCAAGGAAACAGAGCCAUACCCUCUGUUACCUUCAAUAAACACGUAGUUUUGGCACUAGGUGGAGGAAACGCCUUUUGUCGUAAGUUUAGCGCUGAUAAAAGGUACCAUCUUGACCAUAAUCAGAACUGAAAUGCUGAACACUUAUAAGUAAAGAUAGAAAGGAAGUAUGGACAGGGUAUAGACAGUGGAAGCUUUAUGUUCCUACCCAACUUCAUACUGGAAGUACUGUAUCUGGAGUUACGCAAGUGCUUUAUCCUUCACAUCCUUUACUAGUGCUCUGAAUUAAGGAAUAGUAACAGCUACGAGUGGUCUAUUGGUGUUCAGGCUGCCUACGAUACUUUCGGAAGGGAGUUUAAAAAUUCCAUUGAAACUUCUAGCAAGCUUAACAUUAAAGGGGAUUUUGUUGUGUAAGUGCUUUAAAGCGUAGAAUGAGGGAAACCAUUUCACACAGAUCCCUGAGAAGAUGGGGAUGACUUUUGGGCACUCUUGAUCAAGGCUUAAAAUGGGCCAGUGAUGCCCACAGUUACUUCCAAUAUUCUGAGCUACCAGCUUCUUCAGGUGCUACAGCUUCAGGAGAUCUUAAUGUUAGGAUAAUUUAUUAUCAGUGUAACAUGAGCUCCCCAUUAUGUUUUUUUUUUUGGCUAAGUAAAAGCUGUGAGGCAAUGUUACCUCUAUAUAUGGCAUUAAUGAGUCAUUACUGGAAUAUUGUGUCCAAUUCUGGUGUCUGUGCAUGAAAAAAGAUGCUGACAAAUUGGAAAGGAUUCAGAAAAAAAGCUGCAGAAAUAAUUAGACAUCUGGAACUGUAUUGUACAGAGUGAGGUAGACUGAAUAGAUUGAGUUGCUUAUCAGAGAGUCAAGAGGUGGUUGUAUCAGAUUAUAACUAUGCAUUAUAACUAACCGCAUUAGCAGACAGAGGUAAAGCAAGAUGUAGUGACUGGAAUUUGAAGCUGGACAUACUCAAAUUGGAAAUAAGGCACAUUCUUUAAUAUGCUAAUUUAGCAUAAGAGUAUGAGAUUGGUUAUGUCUCUUCAGAAAUUAAAAUAAACAUUGGCAAUCUGUUUAAAAGCUAUAGUUAAAUAUUAGCCAGAUAAUAAAGGCAUUAGUUAAAGGCCAAGUUAGAGAUUUUAUUAAUACCCUUUGGGGCCUUGCUGUAAGUGAAUGGCAUCACUAAAUCCUACUGCUUCCUCAGGAAAAAAAAUGUUACUAAGCCCAAGCCAUGCUUACAAAAUAUUUAUUUCCUCUACAUACCUAGUUAAAUCCUGUAUACUAUCUUGAAAGUUAUCUAAAAAGCAAAUAUUGGAAUGAUCAGAUUAACCUCAUGUGCAUAGUAAUAAUAAGAUGCAUUUUAAAUCGGGAAGUUCACUAUGAUGUUAGUAAAUAAGAUUUGCUUCAUGUUGAUUUUAUUGAGAUGAAUUUGAUAUAGAAGUUGAACAGUUCUGCAUAUUACAAAUCUUUAACCUUAACAAACAACCCACUGACUGUAGGGGUAUUAUGUGUCUGAAUGAAUGUUGUAAAUUCACCUUGCUAAAAUUGUGAGAGUACCUUAUCUGGUGCAUGUAAGUAACUUUGUAUGUUGUUGGUCAUUUCUUUUUAAACAGUUUGCCCUUCUCAGGUGUUCUGUUUUGACAUCCUCUGUCUCUGUAGAAGCUGCUCUAGGCACAGGUGUGCUGGGAGUGUAUUAAGAGGACUGAUUAGUACCAGCUGAUGUAACACCUGGGAAAGAAAUGGAGAAAAUUCACUAACUGCCAAGUCUAACGUCUUACAGAUAACUUAAGGAAUUUUACAAAUGCUUAUUUUUGCGUUGAGAAAAUGACUGCUGAUAUAGAAGAAAGUAUAGGUUGUUGGAAAAGAAUACCUGUCAAAAAGUGGAACGUCCAAUAGUUAAUUUGGGAGUAAUAUAAAUGUACUUGUUAUGGUGCGAUUCUGGAGUGGAGUUAACUCUAUAGCACACAGGUAGCCCUCCAAGGAGAAGAAAAAAAAGCUUUCAGUUUUUCUAAAUUAUGGAAGUUUUUUGGAAGACGUGGACAUGGAUUUUGAGCCUAGUCGUUGUUUCAUCGGAAUUUCACAGUGACAGCAGGCUUUUGUAUAGUUCUCAAGAGGAAUUCCUGUCUUACCUUGAACACUACCAGCUAACAAUCCCAAUAAGGGUUGAUCAGAAUGGAGCCUUCCUCAGCUUUACUGUGAAAAAUGCUAAACCCUCAAGGAGGAGGAGGAGCACAGACCCUUAUGAUCAAGAACUGGCAGCAUCUAAAUUAUUUUUUAAACUUUCUGCCUAUGGCAAGCACUUUCAUUUAAACCUGACUCUCAACACAGAUUUGGUAUCCAGACAUUUUACAGUAGAAUACUGGGGGAAAGAUGGACCUCAAUGGAAGCACGAUUUUUUAGACCACUGUCAUUACACAGGAUAUUUGCAAGACCAACAUAGUACAACUAAAGUGGCCUUAAGCAACUGCAAUGGUCUGCAUGGAGUUAUUGCUACAGAAGAUGAAGAUUAUUUUAUAGAGCCUUUGAGGAAUGUAACAAAAAAUUCCAGUAACUUCAGUUAUGAAAAUGGUCAUCCUCACGUUAUUUACAAAAAGUCUACCAUGCGCCAGCAGCAUCUCUAUGAUCAUGGUCGCUGUGGAGUCUCAGAAGACCUCACAAGAAGCAGUAAGCCUUGGUGGAUGAGUGAUGCAUCUGCUUUUCCAACUUCACUUCCAGUCAAUGACACAUUAAGUAGUCACAGUCGGCAGAAGAGAUCAGUAAGCCUUGAACGGUUUGUGGAGACGCUGGUAGUAGCAGACAAAAUGAUGGUGGGAUACCACGGUCGCAAAGACAUUGAGCAUUACAUUUUGAGUGUAAUGAAUAUUGUUGCCAAACUUUAUCGUGAUUCCAGUCUAGGAAACGUUGUGAAUAUUAUAGUGACUCGUUUAAUUGUCCUCACUGAAGAUCAGCCAAACUUGGAGAUAAACCACCAUGCAGACAAGUCCCUCGAUAGCUUCUGUAAGUGGCAGAAAUCCAUUCUCUCCCACCAAAGUGAUGGAAACACCAUUCCAGAAAAUGGGAUUGCCCACCAUGAUAAUGCGGUUCUUAUUACUAGGUACGAUAUCUGCACUUACAAAAACAAGCCUUGCGGAACACUGGGCUUGGCCUCUGUGGCUGGAAUGUGUGAGCCUGAAAGGAGCUGCAGCAUUAAUGAAGACAUUGGCCUAGGUUCAGCUUUUACCAUUGCACAUGAGAUUGGUCACAAUUUUGGUAUGAAUCAUGAUGGAAUUGGAAAUUCCUGUGGGACCAAAGGUCAUGAAGCAGCAAAGCUAAUGGCAGCUCAUAUUACAGCAAACACCAACCCUUUCUCUUGGUCAGCCUGCAGUCGGGAUUACAUCACCAGUUUUUUGGAUUCAGGCCGUGGUACUUGCCUUGAUAAUGAGCCUCCCAAGCGUGACUUUCUUUAUCCAGCUGUGGCCCCAGGUCAGGUGUAUGAUGCUGAUGAACAGUGUCGCUUCCAGUAUGGAGCAACAUCCCGCCAAUGUAAAUAUGGGGAAGUGUGUAGAGAGCUCUGGUGCCUCAGCAAAAGUAACCGCUGUGUUACCAACAGCAUUCCAGCAGCUGAAGGUACUCUUUGCCAAACAGGGAGCAUAGAAAAGGGGUGGUGUUAUCAGGGAGAGUGCGUACCUUUUGGCACUUGGCCCCAGAGCAUAGAUGGGGGUUGGGGUCCAUGGUCAAUAUGGGGAGAGUGCAGCAGGACCUGCGGGGGAGGAGUCUCCUCGUCUAUAAGACACUGUGACAGUCCAGCGCCUUCAGGAGGAGGAAAAUAUUGCCUUGGAGAAAGGAAACGGUAUCGCUCCUGUAAUACUGAUCCGUGUCCUUCAGGGGCCCGCGAUUUUCGAGAAAAACAAUGUGCAGACUUUGAUAAUAUGCCUUUCCGAGGAAAGUACUAUAACUGGAAACCCUACACUGGAGGUGGGGUUAAACCAUGUGCAUUAAACUGCUUGGCUGAAGGUUAUAAUUUUUACACUGAACGUGCUCCUGCAGUAAUAGAUGGGACUCAGUGCAAUGCUGAUUCACUGGAUAUCUGUAUAAAUGGAGAAUGCAAGCAUGUAGGUUGUGAUAACAUUUUGGGGUCUGAUGCAAAGGAAGAUAGAUGUCGUGUUUGUGGAGGAGAUGGGAGUACAUGUGAAGCCAUUGAAGGUUUCUUCAAUGAUUCAUUGCCCAGAGGAGGCUAUAUGGAAGUGAUUCAAAUUCCAAGAGGUUCUGUGCACAUUGAAAUAAAAGAAGUGGCAAUGUCGAAGAACUACAUUGCUUUAAAAUCUGAAGAGGAUGACUACUAUAUUAAUGGUGCCUGGACUAUUGACUGGCCAAGAAAGUUUGAUGUUGCUGGAACAGCUUUCCAUUACAAGAGACCAACAGAUGAACCUGAGUCUUUGGAAGCCCUAGGCCCUACAUCAGAAAAUCUCAUAGUCAUGAUUCUGCUACAGGAACAAAAUUUGGGUAUAAGGUAUAAAUUCAAUGUUCCCAUCUCUCGCACUGGCAGUGGAGACAAUGAAGUUGGCUUUGCAUGGAAUCAUCUGCCUUGGUCAGAAUGUUCUGCCACUUGUGCUGGAGGUGUGCAGAAACAAGAGGUGGUGUGUAAAAGGCUGGAUGACAACUCCAUUGUGCAGAACAAUUACUGUGAUCCAGACAGUAAGCCUCCAGAAAACCAAAGAGCCUGCAACACUGAGCCUUGUCCACCUGAAUGGUUUAUAGGAGAUUGGUCAGAAUGCAGUAAGACCUGUGAUGGAGGAGUGCGUUCACGAACAGUUCUCUGUAUCAGAAAGAUUGGACCUUCUGAGGAAGAGACACUGGAAAAUACCAACUGUCUAACGCACCGGCCUAUUGAAAAGGAGCCCUGUAACAAUCAGUCCUGUCCCCCCCAGUGGGUUGCUUUGGACUGGUCAGAAUGCACGCCAAAGUGUGGUCCAGGAUUUAAGCACCGAAUUGUUCUGUGCAAAAGCAGCGAUCUUCUAAAAACUUUUCCAGCUGCUCAAUGCCAAGAAGAAAGCAAACCUCCAGUCCGCAUCCGCUGUAGUUUAGGUCGAUGUCCUCCUCCUCGCUGGGUUACUGGAGACUGGGGACAGUGUUCUGCACAGUGUGGUCUUGGGCAACAGAUGCGAACAGUACAGUGCCUCUCAUAUACCGGACAAGCAUCCAGUGAGUGUCCAGAAACACUUAGACCUCCAUCAAUGCAACAGUGUGAAAGCAAAUGUGACAGUACUCCCAUUUCCAACACAGAAGAGUGCAAAGAUGUGAACAAAGUGGCAUAUUGCCCACUGGUGCUGAAGUUCAAGUUCUGCAGUCGAGCAUACUUCAGACAGAUGUGCUGCAAGACCUGCCAAGGACACUGACCGACAGAAAGCAUGAGAAUGUGCCUUGUUAUUAUCAUUGUGGAAAAGUGUCCAUCGAAGAGAGCCACACAGCGGAAUGAGAUUGACGUCCUUGCAAACGCAUUACCCUGUGGAAAACGUAACCACUGGUCAGCCCCAGCUGACAGGAUUUCAAUAUUAUUUUAACUUCUGUGAAGUGGGAUUUAUUCAUCCAAAGUGCUGGACACAGUAUGAGGAGGGCAUGCCAAAUUGGAAAGAUCCACACAACACAUAUAGAAUAGCUUACUGUGGAACAUUUGUGUUCUUUUGACUAAAUUCAAUAGUCUGUUUACCUCCUUGGACCAUUAAAAUAAUUUUUAUUAUGGACUUAGCAAUGACACUGAAUCCAUUUGUAUUUAAAACUGUUUAAAAUGUAGCUGUUAUGACUUGGUCUACUAUGGAAGUAAAGAAGAAUCAAAAAAAUGUUAAGUCAUAGCUUUAAAAUGUUAACUAUUUUAUCUCACGACACAGCACCACAAUUUAAAUUAUAAAAUGAGUUUGGAAAUGUUAUUUAAGGAGCAGAAAUAAAAAUAUUGUAUUUUUCCUUCAUUCCACCUAAUUCCCUUUGGAGUAAUCCAUAUUUCCUGAACACUGCUGUGAGCCAUAUAUAAAGCUAUACUAAAUAGAACAACCAUGAGGGACUUAGUUUUAAGAGGUGCAACAGUUAUUGCAGUGGUGCAUGAAAUACAAGUGUGCUAUGAAGUGAAAUGAAAUCUGUGUUGCAGGUUUAUAGCCAUCUUGCCAUUGUACAAGUGAAGCUGAGAUUUCCACUAAAAGGGAAAAUAUUUCAAUAUUACAGAGGAGGCAGGCUCCAAUAGUGGUGAAGACUGUAUUGUCAAGUCUUUCACUAUCACUGUACUGGUUGCCUAAAACUUAACACUUCGACUCCAGCUCACUUUUGUUUACAUCACUAGCCACGAAGAAGAAACAGCUCUGUGGGCAUCUAGUUCUGUUUUACAUGUUACUUUUGACUUUCCAACACCAAGGACUUCCAGUGCAAAAGAAAAGCCUACUAUGUAAUAACAACAAGCCUUUGCAAAAUUUGCUAAAAGUUAAAAUGGAUUCCAGAUGUUCCCAUCUUUGAUACUGUAGUGGGAGGGCAUUUGUUUGUAAGAACGAAUAUGUGAAUGUGCAGUUCAGGAAACCGCAACAGAGUGGAUAAGGAUUACAACCAAAGAAUAAAAGACUUGUGGAGAUAUCUAGGUUCUGUUCAAAUAAAAGGUCAAAAGUGUGCCUGACCCAAGAGGCCUGUUGGACUGGCAGGAGUAAGGCACACUGGAAUAGGUAUGGCUGGAGUGAAGUCUGGCCACCUUGACCUAAAUGACCAGGUAUAUGUAUAAAGCUGGAUCUUAUAUAAAGCUAGGGGCGGCUUUCAGUGUGAGACUGGAGCAAACUCAUGCCUCUGGAUUUGUAGUUAGAUGCCGUAACUGCUCUGCUGCCAUACUCCACUUAUUUCAUAUUACCAUAUUUUUAAUGUUCACCAAAUAUUUCGCAUUUAAAUGUGAAACCAAACUACUUAGGCAAGUCACAUUCAAGAAUCUAGCAUAAAAAGUUAAAUGUCAUGCUCCUCUUCCCCUUCACUUCUCAAUAACAGACUCAACAAGGAGAUAAGGAAAGUGGGUACUUGUUUAUAUUAAUAUAUUGUACUUGAACACUUGCAGUUUGCAGCAGGUACUUGAUGAAUGUGCUUUUGUGUCCAACUAUGCCUCCUUUGUUGUAGUGCAAUUAAAAUUAUGUGAACAGUAACUUGUGUUAAAAAUUCUAACUCAAAUAGCACUUUCUUAAAAGAAAAAGUACUCUCAGUGAAAAAAAAAUGUUCAGAAAACCAUGUGAGAUUGAAGUGUAUCAAUGUAUUUAACCAAUAACAAGCCAAAUGUGUUGCACACUAUUUACUAAUGUGAAUUAACAUGGAAAAAUGGAUAUUUUUAACAGGACUUGUACUAUGAAUCCCCCUCAGCAUAUUGACAAUCUGUAUAUGGGGUUUUGUGUAGCCCUCGUGUUCAUGAUCAUCAAAUUCCAGUCAUCUGCUACCUCUUGCUAGUGUUUUCACUUCCUUACACCUGUGACCAGUGGAAUUCAUUUUUGGUUGGCUUGCAUAUAUUCAUAUAUGCUUAUCUGCUGAUCUCAUCACCAUGUAAGCAACUCCUGUUAAAACUGACACCAGUAGAACAAAAAAAACAGUCUUUGAGAGUUGCGUAUAUGGAUUAAUGGCAGUAUUAGUCCUUCUCUGUUAAGCGAAUCAGCUUUUGAUAUCCUGUUGACAAAACACCUUGGUGCUAGCAUGCCCUGGUUAGGUCAAAAAUACGAUAAAAGGGAAAGGGGUUGCUAUGGCAUUCUCUAAGCAAGAGGCCUCUUUGUAUCAGGGUCUGUUUUUCUCCAGGGCAUAACUGUGUUUAUCAGCUAAUGUGUCUUCUCAGCUAACAAGGAAAGGGGUUUUUUUAUGUAUUCAAAAAGAAACCUUUUUUUUUUUUUUUUUUUUUUUUUUUUUUUUUUUACCUCAUUUAGGACAUUAAAAUUGUAAGGAGUGUUUCCAAAGACACAUUUUGCUCUCUUUACUGGUGCUAGAACACUAGGGAGUCUGAUGUUUACUCUGCAAUGUAACAGCACUGAGGUUGGAAUUUAAAGAACUCCCUGGAGCAACAUUGAAUUGUAUUGUUAAAGGGAACAAAACACAGAAUGUAUUUGGAUUUACAAACUAAGCAACACUUCAGACUAAGACCUAAAAGUGAAACCUAAUUCAGAGAAAAAUAAUUGGUUUCCACAGCACAGUUCAUUGCUGCUGCUACACUGUAGCCAUCUAUAUAAUCUAAGCUAAAUAGUGUUAUAUUCCUAAAUAGCGACAAUAGGACUAUUUGUAUAGGCUAUAAAAAUGACAGGCCUAGAAUCAAAUAGUAGAAUACUAAAUAUGCAGAUCAGUCUGGUGCCAGUACUUCCACUGAGCAAUGCUACCAGCUAAAGAAGAUCAAAACUGAAAGAAAAAUCUCCAGAUUAACCCUCAAGGUAUAUACACCCCAAAAUAGUCCAUUUCAUUAGGAACUUUAUAAUGGAGUGAAUGUCACAUAGAUAUCCUUAAUAAUACAGACUGAAAUUACCUUUGUAUUAUUGUGAUUAGUUGCUUAUUAUUUUAUACUCAGUAUUAAUGUGGUACACUGUUACUUUAUUAUUAUUAUUUUUUGCUUUUGUAAAUUAUAUUCUAAUUUAUUGUCAUGUUUCUUAACACUUGUUCUACGUGCAUUCUCCUGCUUGUAAUGAAAACAAAAAUAUUGUAACACUUGAUGCAGUGAAAUUCCACACCAGGCACAGAUUUGUUUUAACAUAGAUAAUUUAGUGAAAUAAAACUGCAGCUUUUAAGAAUGA